CAAUUAGGUAAAAGUGUCGGACAACACGCAUUUUGCAAAAGUAAAAAACUUACCGUUCUCUGCAUGUAAAAUUGCCGCAAUGGCUGGAAGCAUCCCGGUUUUUCCGGUGGUGGUACACGGCGUUUUCCGUCGGCGCACGUUAACAUGAAGAAUUAUCAUACGCCACGUCGUUCCAUCUUUGUCCUCAACUAAUUCCCCCGCGACACAGUCCUCCGUCUCCUUCUUCUUCCUAAUCUUCCACUGCCAGCAUCCUCAUUAUUCCCAAAUCAACCCUCCAAUCCCUUCCCAAAAUCCCAAUUUUUCCCAAAAAGUCGAUUGCUAUGGCCGACACCGAAUCCAGCUCCGCUUCAAUCCAACCAUCGCCGUCGCGACGGAGACCGAAGAAAUACAGGUCUAUAAAGGAUAUCAUCAACAACGCCAAGUACGCGGUGGUGCCGGACGACGAAGACUACAGCGACGCCGUUUGCGAUCAAUGCGGCUCCGGUGACCGUGACCACCAGCUCCUCCUCUGCGAUAAAUGUGAUAAAGCUUACCACAUGCUAUGUCUCCGCCCUAUCGUUGUUCGUGUUCCUAUUGGUCCCUGGUUCUGCCCUGCCUGCUCCUCCCAACAACCUCCGCCGCUUAAAAGUUUCUCUCAGACUAAAAUUUUUGAUUUCUUUAAGAUAAAGAAAUGCACAGCUUCAUCGGUGAAGAGAAUAUCCCCUCAAGAUUCUAGAAGACGUAAGAGACGAACAUGUCCAAUUGUUCAUCAUAAAAAAAGGAGGAGACUAUUACCAUACACUCCAAGCAAUGAUACUGACAAAAGGCUUGAACAAAUGCGCUCUCUAGCUUGUGCUUUAACCUCCCUCAACAUGGAAUACAGUGAUGACCUCACUUACUCUUUUGACAUGGCUCCUCGAGGGGCAAAUAUGUCAUCUUUUGAAAACGGUGGAAUGCAGGUUCUUUCAAAAGAAGACACAGAAACCUUGGAGUACUGCAGGGCUAUGUUGAAGAGAGGUGAAUGUGCUCCAUUGCUUGUGGUAUUCGAUUCUUGUGAAGGUUAUACUGUGGAAGCUGAUGGGGUUAUAAAGGACAUGACAUUGAUAACUGAAUACAUUGGUGAUGUUGAUUAUAUAAAGAAUCGCCAACUUGAUGAUUGUGAUAGCAUGAUGACUCUUCUUUUAGCUUCUGAUCCUUCAAAGAGUCUUGUUAUCUGCCCGGAUAAACGGGGCAACAUUGCCCGGUUUAUUAAUGGAAUAAAUAACUUUUCAUCGGAAGCAAAGAAGAAGCAAAAUCUGAAAUGUGUGAGAUACAGUGUAAAUGGAGAAUGCAGGGUCCUUUUGGUUGCUACUCGUGAUAUUGCAAAGGGUGAGAGGUUAUACUAUGAUUAUAAUGGGUAUGAACAUGAAUACCCAACUCAUCAUUUCGUAUAGGAAUAUGAUCUCCACUAGUUAAUUAACCUAUCGAUUAAAUUAUAUAUAUUAAUUUAUAUGACCCUUUUUCCCCAGAAUCCAAAGAUUUACUUUGUAAACAGUUGAUGAAUUUUGUCAUUUAAGUCAUCAAAAGAAUCUAUAUUUAUCAGAA